UGGAAUGAACGUUGACGGAAAUACGUGCUGAUCCGCCACCAAAGAAGAAGAAAAAGUAAACUGCAACAUGGCGACUCCCAUGCAUAGAAUAAUAGCCAGGAGGCAGGCGGAGGCAAACAAACAACAUGUGCGCUGCCAGAAGUGUUUGGAGAUGGGACACUGGACCUACGAAUGCACAGGGAAGCGGAAAUAUGUGCACAGACCGUCAAGGACAGUUGAGAUGAAAAAGAAAAUCAAGGAGAAUGAAAACAACCCCGUCAGCAUCACUGGACCAGGAAGAGAAGGCUCCAGUGAGAAGAAAAUUAAAAAGAAGGCUAAAGACUCCAGUGACAGCAGCAGCGAUUCAGACGGCUCCUCCAGUGACUCAUCGUCAGACAGCAGCGACUCCUCCAGCUCCUCUUCAGAUGACAGUGACAGCAGCAGUGACAGCGAUGAUGACAGCUCUUCCUCUUCGUCCUCCUCCUCUUCGUCCUCUGAUAGUUCAGACUCAGGAAGCAGCAGCGAUUCAGAUCAAGGACCUCCAAAGAAGAAGAAAAAGAAGAAAUGAAUAUAUGAGUUAGAAUAAAUGAGGUUUCUUAGUGUUGUUUUCCUUAAAUACAUUUUAGCUUUCCACUUUUUUUUUGUGUUCUCAAACCCAUCACAGUCGGUCAGAUCUGAAUCGUACAGUUUUAUUAGCGGAUGAGGACGGGAAGAGAAGAUCAUUUUGGGUUAGCUAUUGUGUCAUAUGUUCUGUUUUCAAAGCACAUUUCCUCUGUUACUUCAAUUAAUGUGAUAUUUUCUCUAAGUUCGUUGGUCUGCUGAGGAUAUCGGUUUUAAAAUAGCUGAGGAAUCUAGUGUGCUUGUUCGUGUUUAAUCUUGUGAUUUUGUACUAAAGUAUAUUUUUAGUCAAACUUAAUCUGUACAGCUCACAACACAAUAUUAAUAAAGCAACAUCAUAUUUAAAACUGAAAAAGGGUUUAAUACGAGACCUGUCAAUGGAUACUGAAUACAAGUUCGUUAAACUUUAGAUUAGUUUGAAUUUAGAUGGUCUUGCUGCUAUGAAAUUGCAGUUCCUUGUUUCACUGUAAAAUAAAGCCGGCUUGUUUUUGUUUUUAAUGCUUUUGCAUAUUUGCUAUUGUAAACGGGUUUAUUUUGCUAAAGCAAAACACAUCAUGAUGAUUUUGGAUAUGUGAAUUUGAGAAUAAAAAACUAUGAACUCA